AAACCAAAACCCAGCCCGAAAACCUAAAACCCUGAAACUCUCAGUUGAAGUGAAAAUCAAUAAUGAAAUAAAGUGAAGUAAACAGCAAUUGAGAAGCAGAGAGAGAGAGAGAGAGAAAAGCAAAUGUUUGCUGCAAGGAGAUUUCAUAGCCACUGCUUUAAAACACUCUCUUCUCUUCUCUUAUCUAAUCCCAACAGAAAUGCUAUGUUAGUUAAAGAUGUUACUAGUACAAAGCUCGCUUGUAUCAAUCUUAUGCAACAGAAUGUCAGUUGUGAAUAUGGGUUUCCCUCAUUUUUGCCAUUGGAUCAUCCUUUCAAUAAUGGGUCAUGCCGUGGGAUGUCUACUUCAAAAGGGAGGAGUAUGAGAAGUAAAGUAGAGAGAAGGAUGCAAAAAGAGUCUGGUAAAACUCUUAGAGAGAUACGGAGAGCAAAGAAAUUGAAGAAGAAAUUGAUGACUGACGAGGAGAGACUUAUUUACAAUCUCAAAAGAGCUAAGAAGAAAGUUGCAUUGCUACUACAAAAACUUAAGAAAUAUGAGUUGCCGGAGCUUCCACCCCCUCUGCAUGAUCCUGAGCUUUUCACGUCAGAGCAGCUUCAGGCAUAUAAGAAGAUUGGCUUCAGAAAUAGAAAUUAUGUUCCUGUUGGUGUUCGUGGAGUCUUUGGGGGUGUUGUCCAGAAUAUGCAUCUUCACUGGAAGUUUCAUGAGACUGUGCAAGUAUGCUGUGACAACUUUCCCAAAGAGAAAAUAAAGGAAAUGGCCACCAUGCUAGCAAGACUGAGUGGGGGCAUUGUAAUUAACAUUCAUAAUGUGAAAACAAUUAUCAUGUUCCGAGGAAGAAACUACCGUCAACCAAAAAAUUUGAUACCCAUUAACACCCUCACAAAAAGGAAGGCAUUAUUUAAAGCCAGAUUUGAGCAAGCUCUUGAAUCUCAGAAGUUAAAUAUUAAGAAAAUAGAACAGCAGCUCCGAAGAAUGGGUGUAAACCCUGAGGAUCCAGUUGCCAUGGCUAGUAUCCAGAGAGUGGCUUCCACAUUUUUCAAUGCUAUUGACAAGAAGGAAGGAAGUCCUUAUGUCUUCCAAGGGGACAAACAGCCAGUAGCACAGCCCAUUGAUGACAUGGAACAUCCAGAACCUGCUGCUGAUAGUGACCAGGAGGAGCUGGACAGGUUUAUAGCUGAAAUAGAGGAUGCAGCAGAUAAAGAGUGGGCUGCAGAAGAAGCUGCAGAGCAAGAAGAAUUUGGCAAGAUUAGGUAUUGGAACAAAGAAGAUUUUGGUGGAAGGGUUAGAAGAUCAGAAAUGCACAGAAGUGCAGCUUCUGAAGGAGAGGAAAGAGGAGCAGGGCGCUGGAAAGAUGCACAUGACAGGCGGAGGAAUGAUGAUCGAGAUGAUGAUAAUGAUGAUGGGCAAUGGGAUUCUGAUGAUGUUGAGAUUUCUAAUGAUCUUGAGAGUGAAACUGAUGAUUCUGAUGAAGUUCUUGGUGUUGAAAAUAGAUCUAGAGGUGUACAUACGAAGCAGAAUGGGGUGGGCAGGGACUAUAAUACUAAGGGUUUCAGAAGAAAUGCAGAAGCCAAAUUUCAAAGGGAGGUGGUUAAAGAAGAUUCGAAAUCAGAGUAUAUGUUGAGCGAUCUUGACAGUGCAGCUUCUGAUGGAGAGGAAAGAGGAGCAAGGCGCUGGAAAGAUGCACAUAACAGGCGGAGGAAUGAUGAUCAAGAUGAUGAUGGGCAAUGGGAUUCUGAUGAUGUUGAGAUUUAUAAUGAUCUUGAGAGUGAAACUGAUGAUUCUGAUGAAGUUCUUGGUGUUCAAAAUAGAUCUAGAGGUGUACAUAGGAAGCAGAAUGGGGUGGGCAGGGACUAUAAUACUAAGGGUUUCAGAACAAAUGCAGAAGCUAAAUUUCAAAGGGAGGUGGUUAAAGAAGAUUCGAAAUCAGAGCAUAUGUUGAGCGAUCUUGACAGUGCAAUGUGGGAGUCAAAUUCUGAGGAAGAAGAAUCAAGAGCAGAGGCAAGUCACAGUUUCAGCACCGAGGGACAUAAAUUAGAAAAAAUGUCGAGUUACCUAGACAAUCAAACGUGGGAAUCAAAUCCUGAGCAAGAAUAUGACGUGAGAGCAGCAAAUGCUGAAGAUCCCUCGAGAAGAAAGACAACUCGAGAUGAUCUUGGGUCAGAAAAUGUGUUUAAUGAAUCUGAAGUUGCAGUAUGCGAAUCAGACAUUGACGAAGAUUUUGGAGCAGGCGGGAAAGAGGAAUAUGAUUAUGGAGCUGGAGGGGAAACUGAAGAUUACCGCAAGAAGCAAUACGAGAUGCACCAAGUAUACCAAAAAAAGAAGACACCAAAGAAGAUAGAUGAGGAUUGGGAUAGCGAUUAACUUGGUAUUUUUAGUUGAGCUUCAUUCUUUCCAAGCCAAUUAUUUCAUUUUCAAUUACUAUAAGCAGAAUCUGUGUUAAUUGUGAGAUUGGUUAAGAAAAAAUUGCAUACUUUACUUGCGCUCCUGUGGGAUGAACUCAACACAUAACUUGAAGCAGUCUGUAAAAAAAAAAAAAAACACAAUUUUGCU